AUGACUACCAAGCCUGUUACUACUUCAUCUGGAGUCUCCAAAGAUAUCACAGUGCAAACAAUUCUUCUAUAUAUUCCUAAUUUGAUUGGGUACUUGCGUAUCGUUACAGCCGUCAUUUCAUUCCUUCUCAUGCCAAAUCACCCGGUGGCCACUUUGAUAUUUUAUGGCAUAUCAGGCUUCUUGGACGCAUUUGACGGGUAUGCGGCAAGGAGGUUCAAUCAAGGAACUCGUUUUGGAGCUGUUUUGGAUAUGGUUACCGAUCGCUGUGCCACCACCAGUUUGAUUGUGUAUUUGGCUGUGUUGUAUCCAAAGUAUUUCUUUAUUUGGCAGUUGUUGGUCAGCUUAGAUUUGGCUUCCCAUUAUAUUCACAUGUAUGGUAUGUUGUCGGCCGGUUCCACGUCACACAAGAAUGUUGAUCAAUCGCAGUCAAAGUUGCUUUCCUUGUACUACACAAAUCGAAAGGUUUUGUUUAUUGUUUGUGCCGUCAAUGAAUUCUUUUAUGUUGCAUUGUACUUGCACUACUAUGGCUUCUUCUGGCUUGGUACUGUUACCGCGGUGUUGAGUGCUCCAAUCUGGUUCUUCAAACAAGUUGCAAAUGUCAUACAAUUAAAAAGCGCGCUGCUUAUUCUUGCAAGAAUGGAUGUUGAAGAGCAUAGAAAGAGGAAUUGA